AUGACGGCCUCGGUGUCGGAACCUGAGAGCAUCGCCUCUCUGGAGAGGACGUGGAAUGCCGACAAGUCGGAGCUCGAGCGUUCACAGAGGGUGCUGCAGCAACUUCGAGCCAUAUUGCUGCCGCUGCAGCAGAGACUCGCCAAGCACAUCAGGCAAGUCUUUCUCGUGCAGUGA